AUGAAAUAUACGCAUAAUAAUCUAUAUCUUUGGAUGUGUAUAGCGAUUAAUAUUCCAAGCGUGAUAUGUGUCUUCAAACUCACAAAUGCAGUAUGUGAAUCCUAUAACGAAUCAUGGGUUGUAAUCAAUACUUGCCGACUAAAAGCCCUUCGACGUGAUACUACAGCACUUUAUUUGAACGUAACACUUGUGGAACCUGUGGAGAAUGUUGUCUUGAAUGUAGCCCUUCUGAAAAGAGCCAAUGGCUACAAACCAUUUUUGUAUAACUUUACCGCUGACGUUUGUCAAUAUUUAGCUAAACGAAAUAAUCCUGUUUUCAAUCUAGUGUUUAAAUUUAUAAAACCAUAUUUAAUUAUUGAUCACUGGUGUCCUUUUGAGGUUUGUUUUUUAUUUAUAAUUGAAAAUGAUUUCCAAAAACAUUUAUAUUUUUAGGGAUUUCUUAUUAUGAGUGGCAUGUACUUAAAAUUAGAAUACCUACAAAAUCUUCCAGUUCCUGACGGCGACUUUGUGUUGGCAAUGAAGUGGAUUGUAAAUAAUUUUCAUUUAGUUACAUCAAAUUUCUUCUU